AUGGGCCUUAAAGGUCUUCAGCUGCUGCUUUUCGUCCUGCUGUGCCACAGGAUUCAGCUUGUUCGAGGAGCUUGUGACAGCGAUGAGUUCCAGUGCAGCAAUGGACAGUGUAUAGAUGCAGACUGGAGGUGUGACGGCACCAAAGACUGCACAGACGACUCAGAUGAGCUCAACUGCCCUCCCCCAGAAUGCACCUCACAGGAGUUCAAAUGCGUGACGAGCGGCGAGUGCAUCUCGGCAGACUUCGUCUGCGACGGGGAGGACGACUGCGCCGACGGCUCUGAUGAACAGAGAUCCUGCGCUGGACAGACCUGCACCACAGACCAGUUCACCUGCCAGGAGGGCCAGUGCAUCCCCAGCGUCUACAGAUGUGACCACGUGAACGACUGCGUGGACAACUCCGACGAGAACAACUGCAACUACCCGACCUGCACUGAGAAGACCUGCGCCAAUGGGGCCUGUUACAAGCACUCCCAGCACUGCAACGGUCGGCCCGACUGCAGAGACGGCUCUGAUGAGAGCAACUGCACUAUUCAACACUGCUCAACUCACCAGUUCGAGUGCGCGAACGGUUACUGUAUCCCACUUGCCUUUCGGUGCGACCAUUGGGACGACUGCUCGGACGGCAGUGAUGAGCAGGGCUGUGAUUACCAGAGCUGCAAUGGCGAUCAGUUCACCUGUACCAGCGGCCGCUGCAUCCCUCAGAACUGGGUGUGCGACAAGUUCAACGACUGCGGCGACUACAGCGAUGAGAAAGGAUGUGAGAGCGACUCCCGGGACUGUUACCCCGGUGAGUGGGGUUGCCCCGGAACAACGAAGUGCAUCCCACUGGACAAAGUGUGCGACGGCAAAGCUGACUGUCCCGGAGGGACGGAUGAGACAAAUUCAACAGCCCAGCAAACCUGCAGUGUGGAUCGCUGCUCCACCUUAAGUUGUGAAUACCGCUGCAGCAUAUCUCCUCAGGGUGGGACAUGUUACUGCCCCGAUGGCUAUAUCGUAGCCAAUGACAGCCGCUCCUGUGUAGACUAUAAUGACUGCCAGAUCUGGGGAAUCUGCGACCAGCUGUGUGAGGACCGCGUUGGGUCACACCACUGCAGCUGUGCCGACGGAUACGUCAUGGAACAGGGUCAUCUUUGCAGAGCCAAUGUUUCAGGCGGAAUACCGCAGCUCAUUUACACCAACGGGGGAGACGUCAUGAUAGCAGACAUACACGGGCGCGCUGCCAGAACGCUGGCGUACGCCCGGGGUCGGGGUUAUGCGGUGGCGGUCGCCUACCACUGGCUCAGCGACACCGUCUUCUGGAGUGACACCUCCACCAACAAGGUUUAUUCUGUCAACUCUGUGGGUGAAAUAAAGGAAGUUUUGACCGCCGCAGUCAAAAGUGUCCAGAAUCUGGCGGUGGACUGGGUCAACUUCAAACUUUAUGUCCUCGAGGCUUCGAUGGAGCGCAUUGACAUGUGUGACUUUGACGGAGGGAAUCGGGUCACGCUGGUGGCUGAAAACCUGGUGACUCCUCAUGGCCUUGCUCUGGACCCGACCGUGGGAUACAUGUUUUUCACUGACAUGGGCAGCAGUAAGGAGGAGACCAAGCUGGAGCGAGCCUUCAUGGAUGGAAGCAAUCGUCUGGAGCUGGUGAAAAGCGGGCUCGGCACGCUGACAGGAAUCACCCUGGACAUUGUGACCAAGAGGGUCUACUGGUCCGACAGCCACUUCGACACAGUGGAGACCGUCACAUACUCUGGUUUGGACAGGAAACUCGUCCUCAACGGUGCAUUGCAGUCCCCAUAUCCUUUUGGGAUUGCAGUGUUUGAAAACCAUGUUUUCUUCACUGAUCGGGCUAAAAUGGGGGUGAUCCAGGCCAAUCGUUUCAAUGGCAGCGAUUACAGACUUCUCUAUCGUACCGCCAACAUGCCAGGGCAUAUUGCUGUAUCGCACCGCGUCCUGCAGCCCAUUGUGAAGAACCCCUGCGGUAAACACAAUGGAGGCUGCCAGCAGAUUUGCGUGUUGAGCCACCGCACCGACAACGAUGGGUUGGGCUACCGAUGCAAAUGUCGCCACGGUUACGACCUACAAGCCGACCGUCAGACCUGCUUCAAGGUGAAGGACUACCUGCUGCUGGCCACGUCUCUGGGGAUACGGGGCAUCCCACUGAACAUCUCCCUCCAAGAAGACGUCACCCUGCCCCUCACGGGGCUGGGAUCUACUAUGUCUGGCUCUGCGGUGGAGUUUGAUUCCAACGAAGAGUCCAUUUUCUUCAACGACAGGUCCAGAGGCCUUGUCUACAAGUCAGACCUCGAAGGCACUGUUCAGGAGAUCUUGACAGGCUCCCAAGUGGGAAUAGUGGACGCCAUGGCCUACGACUGGACCUCCAAGGUUUUGUUUUGGACCUCGAGCACCUAUGGUGCAGUGGUUGCUUUCAAGGUUACAGACAAGUCCAGGCGGAACAUUGUAACUGGUCUGAGGUACCCCAAAGGGAUUGCAGUGCAUCCUAGUGCUGGUUACUUGUUCUGGUCUGACUGGUAUCGUCCAGCAGUCAUAAUGAGAGGCUACACCGAUGGCAGUAAUGCCAUCCCUCUGGUCAACACCACCCUCGGCUGGCCGUACGGACUCGCCCUUGAUUACUCGAUGGAUCGGCUGUAUUGGGUGGAUUCCCUCCUGGAUCAGGUCGGUUCCAUUCGUACUGAUGGAGGCGACAGGCAGAUGUUUACCAAUAUCGGCCAGAUCACUCAACCCUUCUCCUUGACGGUUUAUUCAGACUACCUGUACAUAUCUGACACAAGAACCAAAGGAAUAUUUCAGAUGAGGAAGAGAGACGGAGGAGGGAACACGAUCAUCAGACAGGGAGUCACCGGUAUCAUGAAUAUCAAGGCCUACACAGCUGACUUACACAGCACCGUCAAAAGCCGUUGUAACACGGUGGCCAACGGACUUUGCAGCCACUUCUGCUUCCCGACCCCCAACUACAAUCGAGUGUGUGGCUGUCCCUACGGCAUGAAGCUGGGAACCAAUCAGAGGGACUGCAUCAAGGACGACUCCGUUCCGCCGCCGCAGAACUGCAGUAGCAACACCUUCGAAUGCGACGGGGGACGCUGCAGGCCCAACUCCUACCGCUGCGACGGCUACAUCGACUGUGUAGAUCAGAGCGACGAGGCCAACUGCACUGAAACAGGAGCCACCUGCUCUCCGACCGCCUUCACCUGCGACAACAGGCACUGCAUCCUCUCCAGCUGGAAGUGCGACGGCCACGACGACUGCGGAGAUGGCUCCGAUGAGGCGAACUGCCCGACCAUGACACCCCCCACCUGCGGGCCCAGCGACUUCACCUGCGACAACAAGAAGUGUGUUUCUAACAAGUGGCUGUGUGACGGUGACAACGACUGUGGCGAUGGCUCGGACGAACACAACUGCAAUGGAACCAUCACUACAUGCCUACCUGGCUUCUUCCUGUGUCCGGACCACCGCUGCAUCUCCGACUUCUAUGUGUGCGAUGGAGACCAGGACUGCCUGGACGGCUCUGAUGAGAAAAACUGCGUGUUUUCCUGUGAUUCAUCUCAGUUUGCCUGUGCCAGUGGGGACCAGUGCAUCGGUAACCUAUACCGCUGUGAUGGAGUGUUUGAUUGCCGGGAUCAUUCUGAUGAGCAGGGCUGUCCCAGUCGAGGCCCGGGCCUCUGCCACACCGACGAGUUCCAGUGCCAGACAGACGGCGCCUGCAUCCCGGACAAGUGGGAGUGCGACGGCCACCCAGACUGCGAGGACGGAUCUGACGAGCACAACACCUGCCCGGCCGUCACCUGCGGACCCCAGUACUUCCAGUGCACCAACAAGAUCUGCAUCCCCACAAACUGGCUGUGCGACGGCGACAACGACUGCCGCGACAUGAGCGACGAGCAGAACUGCCCCACGCCUCCGUACAGCUGUCCCUCCGGACAGUGGCAGUGCCCCACUGACCAGGUGUGCAUUGCCCUGGACAAGUUGUGCGACGGGCAGCGGGACUGUCCCAAUGGAGCAGACGAGUCACCCAUCUGCAACCAAGACGACUGUGCCCUGAACAACGCUGGCUGCAGCGACGGGUGUGUGCAAGGGCCGUUUGGGGCUCAGUGCACCUGCGAAUCGGGAUAUCAGCUCCUGAACGACUCCAAGACGUGUGAAGACAUCAACGAGUGCCUGAUCCCUGGGUUCUGCAGCCAGCAGUGCUACAACGAGAGAGGAACCUUCAGGUGCCUUUGUUCAGACGGAUACAUGCUUGAGCCCGACGGACGCACAUGCAAAGCCAAAAACCCCAUAUCGGCGAUACUUCUGGUUGCCAAACGCAGCCAGAUCAUCGCCGACUGGGUCAACAGGAGACCCCCCAUAAUUCACCCAGUGGUCACUGGCUCGGGCAUUGUGAGCGUUGACUUCGACCGUGCGACGUCCAAAAUCUACUGGGCCGACGCUUCGCAGAAGAAGAUAUGGCGCUCCUACGGGAACGGCACUGAAAAACAAGAGCUGUUGUCUGGGGGCGUCACUCCAGAGAGUAUUGCGGUGGACUGGGUGGGCCGGAACCUUUACUGGACCGAUUCCAUCCUGGAGAACAUUGAGGUGUCCACUUUGGACGGCGGCUUCCGGAAGGUUCUACUGAGUGACAAUGUCACCAAGCCACGCGGACUCGCUUUAGACCCUCGUAACCACACCAACUUGAUGUUCUGGUCAGACUGGGGUCAGAACCCCAGGAUUGAGCGAGCUAGCAUGGAUGGACUCGUGAGACGAGUCAUUGUCAGCACAAAGCUCUACUGGCCCAACGGCCUGGCCUUGGACUACACCACAAACAGGAUCUACUUUGCUGAUUCGUACCUUAAAUAUAUCGACUACUGCGACUACGACGGCGCCAAUCGCCAUCAAGUCAUGGCGAGUGAAAUGACUCUCCAACACCCACACGGCAUGACCAUCUUCGAGGACACCGUCUACUGGUCUGAGCGAUACACCAGCAAAGUGAUGAGCACCAACAAGUUCCACGGUGGCAACGUCUCCAUCCAGAUCAGUGGCGUGUACCAGCCCAUGGGCCUCGUCAUGGACCACGCCAUCAAACAACCUCAAGCUCUGAACCCCUGCAGUGAUCAUCCGUGCAGCCAGCUGUGCCUCCUGUCAGCCAUGAGGCCGAGAUACUACAGCUGCCACUGCCAGUCUGGGUGGAAGCUGCAGGAUGACAGAGUCACCUGUGUGCAAGACACAAGUCCCUUCUUGAUGGUGGUCAGGGACAGAUCCAUUUUUGGCAUUCCCUUGAACCCCAAUGACACUUCCAGCAACGCGAUGGCCGUAGUGGAUGGCAUUAGUCAAGGGAAGGACAUCGAAUUUGAUGAUGCAGAGCAAUACGUCUACUGGGUGCAAGGCACAAGCUCCAUUUGGAGAAUGAAAACCAACGGGACCAACAAAGCAAUGUUUGCUCCCAACGCGUACCUGGGCGCCCCCUACGGCCUGGCUUUUGACUGGAUGAGCCGGCUCAUGUAUUACACCAACCCCACGGCCAAAUCCAUUGAGGUUAUCCGUGUCGAUGGAUACCAGCAUUAUAGACAAACCCUCAUCACCUCUACUGGUAAACCCGAGGGAGUUGGACAACCCGUAGGAAUUGUCCUGGAUCCAGGCCGAGGGAAACUGUUUUGGACCGACAAAGGCGCAGACAAUGUUCCUGCUAAAGUCGGCAGUGGAUUCAUGGAUGGAAGCAACCUCACGGUGCUCUACACGGGCAACCUGGCUAACAUUGAGUUUAUCGCCGCUGACAUCUCUACUCAGAAACUGUACUGGGGCGUGUCUGGCUCCGGGGUGAUUGAGUGGGGCACCAUGGACGGAGUGAGCCGGUCCACUGUGGUCAGGGGGCUGUCGCACCCAUGGGGGCUGACCAUCUACAAGGAACACCUCUACUACUCCGACGCGGACUACGAGGUCAUCGAGAGAGUGGACAAAGAGACCGGCGCCAACAUGGUAGUGAUGAGGAGUGGCCUGUCUGGUCUGCGUGCCCUCAAAGUCCACGCCAGAGACGACUCGGCGGGCUCCAGCAACGCCUGCAGCUCCAACAACGGAGGCUGCGCCCACCUCUGUCUGCCCAGACCAGGAAACGGCAAGACUUGUCGCUGCACCACUGGCUUCUAUCUGGCGCAAGAUGGCUUCAGCUGUCAACAGUAUGAAUCCUUUGCUAUCGUCUCCACACCCAGCUUCAUCCGUGGCUACCACAUCAACAGCUCUGACCACUCCGAGGCCAUGGUGCCAGUUGGCGGAUCCUUUCUCAAAAAGCUGAACCGGCUGGACGUUCAUAUUCCAUCUGGAUUUGUGUAUUGGAGUGACAUCAGCUCCUAUUCUUUAUACAAGGGCAUCUUCAGGAUGAAAACAGAUGGAAGUUAUUCCAGCCAUAUUGUUAGUUCCGGAAUUGGAAAAAAUGGCAUUCAGGGCUUUGCUGUAGACUGGGUUGCAGGUAACUUGUACUUCACCAAUGCCUUUGAGGCCGAGACCUUCCUGGAGGUGCAGGCCCUCAACACCUCACACAGAAUGAUCCUGUUGAGGUCCUCUGAAGACCAGCCCCGCGACCUUGCGGUCAGCCCCAAACACCGCUACCUCUUCUGGACCGAUGGCGGCCAGAUGCCCAAGAUUGAGCGAGCCCUGCUCGACGGCACGAACCGCACGGUUCUGGCAUCGGAGAGCCUGGCGUCACCUCGAGGCCUGACCAUGGAUUACUCCACCAACUUCCUCUACUGGACAGAUGAUGUUCUUGAUAUGAUCUCGCGCAUGGCCAUAGAUGGCACAAAUCGGGAGAUUAUCCGGUAUGGGAGUCGGUAUCCGUCCCCAUCAGGAAUGGCCAUAUUUGGACACCACAUACUGUGGGUGGACAAUAAGGUUGGAAAGCUCUUCCAAGCCAGUAAUGAUCCGUCAGACACCAAGGAGCCAGAGGUGCUCCGAGAAGGCCUCGAAGGAGUGAUAGACGUUGCCGUCUUUGACCCUCACGUCCAGCCGACGGCCGCCCACCAGGUGGACUUCAACCCUUGCCGUGAAGACAACGGACGCUGUACGCAGCUCUGCUUUGCCAUCCCAAACCAGGAACAACCAAAAUGUGGCUGCGCACACGGGAAGCUCCUGAGUAACGGAGUCUCAUGCGGAUAUGGACUCGAAGAGUUUCUGAUCUUUACCACUGAUUACACAUUGAACAGUCUGAGAUUAGACCCGUCAGACCACAGCAUUCCCUAUCCGACUGUUAGUUUGGGCUACUACAUGAUGGCACUGGAUUACGACUUCUCCCAGAGGAGAAUAUUUUACACACAAUACAAGAGUAUAGGUCGGAGUGUAAUCGGCUACAUCUCCACAUCAUCCAUCACAAGCCCUGCUGUUAUUCUUGCCUCCGAUCUGGGCGACCCGGAAGGACUCGCAUACGAUUGGGUGCACAAGCGUAUUUACUUCACUGACUUAAACCAGAAAAACAUCCAGACCAUGGGGGUGGAUGGAAAGAACCGAACCGUGCUGAUCAAUGCAAACCGCCCCAGAGCCAUCAUCGUCGACCCGUGCUAUGGGUACUUCUACUGGACAGACUGGGGAACUCCAGCUAAGAUUGAGAGGGCCACGCUUGGUGGAAACUUCCGGACCGCCAUCAUUCAGACCGACCUGACCACACCCAAUGGCCUGACUAUUGACUACGAGGACAGGAUGCUUUACUGGGCUGAUGCUUCAAGAGACAGGAUCGAAAGGUCCACUCUGACCGGUGAAAACCGGCAGGUCGUUGUUCAGGGGGUCCAGAACCCGUUUGCGAUGACCGUCUUCGAACAGGACAUCUACUGGACGGACUGGUCCGAGAAGGCCGUGUUCCGGGCGAGCAAAGACGACGGUUCCGGCGUCAUUGUGCUGGCCCAGGAUCUGCAGUACCGACCGAAUGACAUUCAUGUUUAUUCCAAAGCCAAGCAGGAAGUUUGCUCCAGCUUCUGUCAGCAGUUCAACGGAGGCUGCAGUCACACCUGUGUUUCUGGUCCCGUGGGUCCAGAGUGUCAGUGCCCCCCAGGGAAGUGGUACCUCGCCAACAACGGCAAAGACUGCAUCGAAGACAAAGGCGAACGUUGCCAGGCAGACCAGUUCACCUGUCUCAAUGGCAACUGCAUCUCUCCGCGCUGGAAGUGCGAUGGCCAUAACGACUGCCAGGACAACUCAGACGAGCUCGAGAGAGUUUGUGCCUUCCACACCUGCUCAGCCAUGGACUUCACCUGCGACAACGGCCGCUGUGUUCCUCUCAGCUACACCUGCGACUACAGCGACGACUGUGGAGACAACAGCGACGAGAGGGGCUGCCCCUUCCCCACGUGCAACCCUACCACCGAAUUCACAUGCGCCAGCGGGCGGUGCAUCAGUGCCGACUUCGUGUGCGACGGCCAGAAUGACUGCCGGGACAACCAGACCUCGGAUGAAAUCAACUGCCCGGACCGAACAUGUCCCAGUAACCAGAUCAAGUGUGAGAACACCAACAUUUGCAUCUACCCUGGAAGUCUGUGCGACGGCUACAACAACUGUGGGGACAACAGCGACGAGAACCCUCUUUUCUGUGCGCAACGGACGUGCGAUGCAAAUGAGUUCAAAUGCGGUUCAGGAAAGUGCAUCCCUCAGUCUUGGGUGUGUGACACUGUCGAAGACUGCAGUGACGGGUCCGACGAGCCCUCUACUUGCGAGGUUGUAAUCAAAACCUGCAGUUCAAGCCAGUUCACUUGCACCAACGGGAACUGUAUCCCUCAGUCGAUGGUCUGUGAUGGAAACAGCGACUGCUGGGACAACAGCGACGAGGCUCCGGAGCUGCAGUGUGGCGAACGUACAUGCAGUCCCGACCAGUUUACUUGUCCCACCUGGUACCCAGGCCACCCGAAGUGCAUACCCAGAGUAUUUGUGUGCGACGGGAAUAGAGACUGUGCCAACGCAGCCGACGAGCUCCAGAACUGCCCCAAUCGAACGUGCCACCUGAACGAGUUCACCUGCGCCAAUGGGCUCUGCCUCGAUUUCCACUUCGAGUGCGACCGCGUCAACGACUGCGGGGAUGGCAGCGACGAGGUGGGCUGCAAGUACGACACCUGCAGCACCUCGCAGUUCACCUGCACCAACGGCGCCUGCAUCUUCGCCGGCUACGUCUGCGACGGGCAGAGCGACUGUCUGGACGGGUCGGACGAGGAAGACAGCCUGUGCAUCACGCCCCAGCCCACGUGUGCGCCCAACCACUACAUGUGCAAGUCGGGGCAGUGCAUCGAGAGCAGCAAGGUGUGCGACGGACAUAAGGACUGCACCGACGACAGCGAUGAGAAAGGCUGCGGAAUCAAUGAGUGUCUCAACCCGUCGGUCCACCAGUGCGCCCAGAUCUGCACAGACACCCUCACCAGCUACUACUGCUCCUGCAACCCGGGCUACAAGCUCAUGCCGGAUGGUAAAGCCUGCGAGGACAUCGAUGAGUGCGUCAGCACGCCCUCGGUCUGCAGCCAGAUCUGCGAGAACAGCUUUGGCUCGUACUACUGCAAAUGUGCCCCGGGGUACAUCCGGGAGCCCGACGGACGCACCUGCCGGCAGAACAGCGGCAUUUCUCCCUACCUGCUGUACAGCAACCGCUACUACAUCCGCAAAAUGAACACCGGCGGGUCGGAGCUGAGCAUCGUGCUGCAGGGGCUGAGCAACGUGGUGGCGCUGGAGUUUGAUAACGCUGAGAACAGACUGUACUGGGUGGACACCGGAGCUGGAAAGAUUGAGAGGAUGCGCUUUGACGGGAGUGGGAGGGAAACCCUUCUGGAUGAAAAAGUCGCCAGUGUGGAGGGUCUGGCCCUGGACUGGGUCGCCAGGAAACUCUACUUUGUGGAUGGGUUUUUUGGCUCGCUGCACGUGAUGGAGCUGGACGGGCGCUUCCAGAAGACGCUGCUGUCGGGACAUUUCAAAGAUGGAAAUCGGACCUAUAUUCUCAGCAAUCCUCGGGCAGUGGCGGUCAACCCUAAAUAUGGAUGGCUGUACUGGACUGACUGGGGCGACUCUGCAUACAUUGGCCGAAUCGGCAUGAAUGGAGAAAAUGCCAGCGCCAUUAUUACAACCAAGCUGGAGUGGCCCAAUGCUCUGACCAUCGACUACACCACCAACAAGAUCUUCUUCGCCGACGCCCAUCUGAACUUCUUGGACUUUGCAGACAUGGACGGUCAGAACCGGCACCGCGCCAUCGCCGGCUCACUCCCUCAUGUGUUUGCCGUUUCCCUGUUCGAGGACUGGGUCUACUGGACGGACUGGAACACACACUCUGUGGAGAAAGCACACAAAUACACUGGCGAGCAGCGCAUAAGCAUGGGCAACAACACACAUCGACCCUUUGACAUUCAUGUUCAGCACCCUUACCGGCAGCCUGCAAGUGAAAACCCAUGUCUGACCCAUCACCUGACCUGCAGCCACUUGUGUCUGAUCGCACCCGGCGGGGAGCAGGCUUCCUGCGAUUGUCCGGAUAACUUCAUCGGUGUGUCUGUGGGCUUCACCAUCAAGUGCAUCGCUGACUGCUCCAGCACUCAGUACCGCUGCGGGGACAAUGAAAAGUGCGUUCCUAUCUGGUGGAAGUGUGACGGCCAGUCGGACUGUAGCGAUGGCUCGGAUGAGCCUGAAACCUGCCCGCCUCGUGUUUGUCCCAUCGGCAUGUUCCAGUGCCAAGACGGAAACUGUACGUACUCCGGCUUCAUCUGCGACGGCCACCCGGACUGCCCCGACAGCUCGGACGAGGAGGCCGCCCUCUGCAGUGAUCACAGGUGUGAGGAUAACCAGUUCCAGUGUAAAAACAAGAUGUGCAUCCCCAUGUUCGCGCACUGCGACGGCGUGAGCGACUGCACGGACGGCAGCGACGAAGACCCAGAGACGUGCGCCCAGAAGACCUGCCAGCCCGGGUACUUCCAGUGCGCCAACGGCCGCUGCGUGCCGUCGAGUUACGUGUGCGACGUCCAGGAUGACUGCGGGGACAAGUCCGACGAGCCAUAUGACGUCUGCAUGGGUCCAGACCACAAGUGCGACGCAGACACAGAGUUUUCCUGCAAGACGAACUACCGCUGCAUUCCCCAGUGGGCCCGCUGCGACGGCAGCAACGACUGCAUCGACAACAGCGACGAGCAAGGCUGCGAGGAGGUGACUUGUGAUCCUCUGGGAGAUUUCCGCUGUGACAACCACCGCUGCGUUCCCAAGCGCUGGCAGUGUGACGGCUUUGACAACUGCGGUGACAAUUCGGAUGAGAGAAACUGCCAGCCGAGGCCGUGCUCAGAAAGCGAGUACAAGUGCGACAACAAGCAGUGCAUCCCUGGAAACUGGGUGUGUGACCAUGAGAACGACUGUGGGGACAACUCGGACGAGCGGGACUGCGACUUGUACACGUGCCGGCCGGGUUUGUUCCAGUGCGACUCGGGUCACUGCAUCCCCGCCGCUCUGGAGUGCGACGGCCGCGCCGACUGCCAAGACCUGUCAGACGAGACCAAAUGUCCCACUCGUUACCCAGGAGGCCGCUGGUGCGAGGAAAGCCUGUUCCAGUGUACAAACCACAUGUGUGUGAGCCAGAGCUGGGUGUGCGACGGUUUCGAUGACUGUGGAGAUGAAUCGGAUGAACAGCUGAGUUUAUGCUUAAAUGUCACCUGUGAGAUGCCGACCAAGUUCCGCUGCGCUAAUGGCUACUGCAUCUUCGCCGGCCAGCUGUGCAAUCAGCAGGACGACUGUGGAGACGGCAGCGACGAGGACGAGGAGCUCUGCCGCGAGCCCACGCUGCCGCCGUGCACGCUGCAAGAGUUCAAAUGCACAAACGGACACUGCGUGGCCCUGCAGUAUGUGUGCGACCACAACGACAACUGUGGGGAUCGCACCGACGAGAUGGGCUGCAAUUAUGGCCACGAUCGCAACUGCGAGGAGAAGCUUUGCCAGCAGGAGUGCACCAACCUGAACGGCACCGGCUUCAUCUGCUCCUGCAAGCCUGGAUACAGAGUGAACCCAGACAGCACCUACUCCUGCCUGGACAUCAAUGAGUGCGAGGUGUUUGGCACCUGUCCUCAGCUCUGUAAGAACACCAAAGGCAGCUACGAGUGUGACUGUGCUCCUGGCUACAGGAAAGUGGGCGACGGCACAAUGUGUGAGGCCGAAGGGGCGACUCCCAUGCUGCUUCUCCCCGAGAACAUUCGUAUCCGCAGGUUCAACCUUCAGACUGAGGAAUAUCACGACUACCUGGAAGAAGAGGAGCACAUCAUGGCGCUGGACUAUGACUGGGACCACAACAACACAGGAUACAGCAUGGUGUACUUCACUGUUGCUGGCACAGACUCCACACCAGGCGCCAUUAGGAGAGCAUACCUGCCUUCAGUAGAUGAUGGCAGCAAUAAUAUUGGCGCUUCAGUCGACCUCGGCAUUAAAUACAUCACCUCUCCAGAUGGCAUCGCUGUGGACUGGGUGGGCAGAAACCUUUACUGGGCGGACUCGACGGUGAAGAGGGUGGAGGUGGCCAUGUUGGAUGGGCGCUACAGGAAGCAUCUCGUGAAGACGGACCUCGGUUACCCGUCUGCGGUCGCCAUCAACCCUCGACUGGGGCUGCUGUACUGGGCAGACCGUGGAGAUACGCCCAAGAUCGAGUGCUCCUGGAUGGACGGUCAGAACAGAGAGGUCCUUGUCAGCGACGGCCUGGGCUGGCCCACGGGUCUGACGGUUGACUUCACCAAUGACGACAGGAUCUACUGGUCCGACUCCAAAGAAAACCGCAUCGAGUCGAUUCUGCCUUCAGGAGAGCAGCGGCAAACAUCCGUCUACAUAGACGUGAGAAACCCCUUCAGCGUGAACGUGUUCGAGGACGACGUGUACUGGAGCACGCAGGACAAAGGCGAAGUGUUUCGACAGAACAAGUUCGGCCAAGGAGACAAAGUCAAGCUGCUGACCGCUGGACCUUGGCUGACUCAGAUCUCAGUGUACCAGCAGCAGAGAUACAACUCCAUCAGCGUGAAGAAUCCGUGUAAAGGAACCUGCAGCCACCUGUGUUUGCUCCGGCCUGGAGGAUACACCUGCGCCUGCCCCGAAGGCACCGGCUUCGUCUCCGGCAGCAACACCGAGUGUGACGCAGGUUUUGAUCCCCUACCCACAAUGCCGCCACCGUGCCAGUGUCAAAACGGAGGGACCUGCUACUUCGACGACAACAAAGCUCUCUGCAUUUGUCCUUCAGACUGGGAGGGACAAUACUGCCAGACCAGCGUACACGACGUGGUCGCAACCUCAAUCGGGAUCGCCAUUGGAGUGACGGUGCUGAUCAUAAUCCUGCUGGUUGUUCUGGUUUGCUGUUGCAAGAGGAAACCUAACAUGGCGACAGGCCUGCGGAGCAAACUACCCAGCAUGCCCUCCAUGCCCACUAUGGCACGGUUCAGCCGCAAAGCAUCUAAAGAGGAACCGGAAACUGUCGUUGCAACACGACAGGAUUCAGAAGUGAUUCCCUGCACGUCUGUGACCAUGAUGGGUCCGGACAAGAGCUUCGAAAAUCCAGCCUACGAUUCGGAAGGAAAGCCCACCUGGAAGCGCACGGCGACGGCCACCGCCGCCCCUGCUGCAGCAGACAAGGUCAAUAAACAAGAAUCACUGCCGGCCUGCAGACCGUAUUGA